AUCAUUUUUCACAAAUAUAAAGUUGAAACAGUAAUUAAUUUCCAAAGCUAAAAGCGAGGACAAAAAUAUUAAGUGUAGAGAAAAAGCCGCUGCAAGACGGCUAGAACAACAUUUCUUUGCCGGCUCUCUCUUUCUCUUCUCUUCUCUUCUCUAUUUUGGCAUCAAAAACACUUCAAACAAAAGCCAAAAGGAACCCCCUUUUUCGUAAUUCCCUUUAAACUCUUUGUCAUUUAACCUUAUUGUUUUUCUCUCUUUCUUUUACCCAUUUCCUACGUUUCCAGAGCGAGAGUGUGUUUCUCAGCUUUUUCAUGGCGAAAAUCUCUCAGCAAACCCAGAAAAACAGCAGUACAACUGCAUCCAAUAUUGCAAAACCUACGACCAAAGUGAAACGGACUCGUAAAACUGUUCCCCGAGACUCUCCUCCCCAACGCAGCUCCAUUUAUCGAGGUGUUACAAGGCACCGAUGGACCGGGCGAUUUGAAGCUCAUUUGUGGGAUAAGAAUUGCUGGAAUGAGUCCCAGAGCAAAAAAGGAAGACAAGUAUAUCUAGGUGCUUAUGAUGAUGAAGAAGCGGCAGCACAUGCCUAUGACUUGGCUGCAUUGAAGUACUGGGGACAGGACACUAUCCUUAAUUUCCCAUUAUCAACUUAUCAAAAUGAACUCAAAGAAAUGGAGUGUCAAUCAAAAGAAGAAUACAUCGGAUCUUUGAGGAGAAAAAGCAGUGGAUUUUCUCGUGGAGUUUCAAAAUAUAGAGGCGUAGCCAGGCACCACCAUAAUGGAAGAUGGGAAGCUCGAAUUGGCAGAGUAUUUGGCAACAAAUAUCUCUACCUUGGAACAUAUGCGACGCAAGAAGAAGCAGCGACGGCAUAUGACAUGGCCGCUAUAGAAUACCGAGGACUCAAUGCGGUUACAAACUUUGACCUUAGCCGUUACAUCAAAUGGCUACGUCCAAAUCACCAAAGUAACCUUAAUAACUCCGAAAGCCCUCUGCAAAACCUUAAUGGUGACACCAAUUCAACCCAAAGCCCUAAACAUGGCAUUGGCUUAGGGUUUUCCAUCCAACCUAAAAGUUGUAGUACUAGUGAUACCUCGGUGACUCCACCACCACAUGGUUGCAAUGGUGGCGGGGGCUCUGCAUCAUCAGCACUAGGGCUUCUUUUGCAAUCAUCAAAAUUUGAGGAAAUGCUAGAGAGGACCUCGGCUGCUGAUAGUCCAUCAACACCAUCAGAGCCUGGUCUACCUCGGCGGAGUUUUCCGGAUGAUAUUCAAACUUAUUUUGAAUGUCAAGACUCUAGCAGUUACACCGAGAGUGAUAUUAUUUUUGGUGACCUAAUUAAUUCAUUCUCUACACCAAUGUUUCAUUGUGAACUUGAUGGUUAGAGUCAAAGAAAGAGGAUUUCAUGGCAUAAACUUUUUGGAAGAAAAAAUAAGUCUAUCCUUGUGGUCUCCACGCUUUUAAUUUUGUGAAUUUAUCAAAGGUAAGGAUAGUAACUGUAAGGACAACGACGGACAAGAGUUAAAUAGGGGCAAUUACAUUUUAUUUUAAAAUUACUAUUAAUGAUACUCUUCUUUCCUUUAAAUUUGGAAGAAAGGAGUUUGCUUAUUUGUAUUUAAAUGUAGAUAAAGAUGGAUAUGGACAUUCAUUUAUCAGUUAUUCUUAAUAAAGGAAUUGGUUGGCAUA